UGUAGGGAAUUCCCAAAAAUUCAGGGGUCGGCGCUCCCAGUUCUGUCCUCAGUCGUGCAUACAAAGUGCUGAUGGUGUAGACUACAGUUGUAGGCAAAGCGGCGGAAAAAAUGUCCGUCUCCGAUGUAAUGGAUCACAAAUACAAUGAACAGUUACAACAAGAAGAAGACCUGAGCCUUUUCGAACGGUUUCAAAGAUGUGACAUGUCGUUCGAAACUGAAGAUGUGAAGGCUGCGAAAGAAAACGUCGAACUCGGUGAUCAUCUGGCGGUUCAUCGAGCGCUGUUAACUCACCAUUUCAUCUGCACUGGUAUCGAAGAAGACAAAAUAAUACUACACACAGUGAAGCCACUUUGUGAUGCGUGCCACCGAAAUCCUGGUGUAAAAUGCUCGAAGCGUCAUGAAGUGUGGACGAAAGAGUACACAUACCAAGAAAUGGAGGACAGAAAUAUGUUUAAAGUAAUUUGGCCAAAUAUAUUGAAAAGUAGAUGUCGUGACGUCCYGGACAGCAUUUCAUUGGCCAAAACGUUUAAAGAUGACAUGGACAGCGAAAGAUUUGUGACAAGCUGCAUCUACGGUGWUAGCGUCKAACUGGACGUAAAACAGCCCUUCUUCUACAUGAAAGACGUCCUCAAUUCKAUCCRAGUUUUCAAAAAKAAUCACAAAAAAGAAUAUCUUUCAAAACAAAUGUUGACACAAAGUGAAGUCCCGCAUAGAAAUCCCAAGGAGGAAUGUGAAAGUAUCAUACUUACCAGUUGUACUUGUCAAMUGCAKRCUCAAGAGGAAGGUUUGCAAAGUUUCACUCAGGGAAAAUCAAGCAGUUUUUGCCAAUUAUUGACUUUCAAAGAAGAAAAAACAAAAAGUCAAAUCGCAUUUUCAAGUKUACAAGGCAGUUUUGAAAGUUUAAAACAUAUUACKGAGGAGUUUCUAAGUUGUGGCUAUGAUUUGGUAUCUAUGACAAGCAUAUAUGAGUCUUUCAAAGUAGAUGGAGAUAUCACCAAUGGAAUUACAUAUCCUGAACUUGAAGCCAUUUCUGAAAUGUCCCUACAACAGCAACGGCGAUGGUUUCUGCUUAUUGUCGAGAAAAACCCGUUCAGCUAUGAAGCAAUUUUGGAAACAUCACAAGUAAGUGCUGGAGACCAUAUCAUUUUCGAGCGUGUCAGGGUACUUGGAAUGGUGCGCUAUUACCAUAGUGCAAUAGUUGUGGAUGUGGAUGAAGACAACAUCUCMUUAAUGGAAUACUCAGCCCCCGACCAUUUCAAGUUGAAUAUGGUGCUUGCGGAKAUCCCAAUGAUAGUCAGAACAACAAAAAGUCUGAAAGAAUUGAUAAACGAAGGAGCUAAAAAAGUCAACUGGCCCGAAGUUCUUCAAAGAUAUACUCCCAAUCAAGUGAAGGAACGUGCUAAAAUCCGAGAGGGAGAGAAUGCGUAUAAAUUACUCAAGAACAACUGUGAACACUUUGCCUCGUGGUGCAAAUGUGGCCUUAACGUAAGUCUUCAAGUCGAUGACUGGGUGAUAAUGGCACAAACGACCUUCUUCUCUUUUCUUGCUGCAAUUAAGGAGCAUUCCAUCACCAGUAUUAUUCAAGUCCUUGCUAACAUUUCCGAUAACUUAGCAUUGUUCAUCAAAAGCUCCUCUUCGUUGUCAUUCGUUGCUGGUAUAGUACUUGAGAUGCUUUUGGCCUUUUACCAGACCUACUCGAUGUGCUGUUUAUCAAAUAAAAACGUUCUAAAAGAUGAGCUGUGGAAGGCUGAGAUCCAUGAGAUAUGGUCUAAAGGCUCGUGUAGAGUUAUCGGUGGCUGCGUUGGUUCAAUCUUUGGGUGUGCAGUUGGUGRCGUGGCUAUGGGAGGACCGAUUGGUGCUGGUCUGGGGCACAUGAUGAUUCCCCUCUAUCAGUGGCUUUGCCAAGACAGCGAUAUGCAAGAACGUGUAAAAACAGCGAUCUCUCAAAUUCACCAGACACCUACAGAGGAAUAUUACUCGGAGGCAUCGCUUCAAAGUUUGCAGGAAUUGUUUGARUCUGAUUGRAGCAAAGUGAAUAAAGAUUCAGAGAACAGCCCAGAAGAGGAGUGGUUAAAACCAAUUUACCUGCUUCUACAAUCAUUCGGAGUUCUAUGAUUUGUGAUUGUACGAACUGUAGUGCUGUAGUAUAAUAAUAAUACUAUUAUUAUUAUUUUAUUAUUAUUAUUAUUAGUGCAAAGAAGGAUGACUAGUCGAUCUUGCACAGAGAGCUGUACUAUAUUCUUCAAAAAUUGGCCCCGGUGAAGGAUAAAUAGCCGGAUUAGGAGAAGAAGGAGUUAUAGGCUGAGAGAUUCAAAGAACUAUACAAAGAGAUAAUACUGCUCCAGACAAGAACAUGAUGGGGUGAUUUUCAUAAGCUCUUAUGCACUAGUCAAUUGAAAAGGUUAUCGAACACUUCAAGACUCUGAGAACUACUUAAGUAACGAUGUGGAUGGAAAAAGGAAUAUUGAUGACCGCGCCAAGAACAAUACAAAGACCUCCGAAAAAGGGAAGUUUUAAUCUGGGACGAAACUAGUUUUCCUUAAAAUAAAGUUUCUUGGCGUGACUGUGUGUUAAAGACUUCACGUAUUGGGUUUAAUCCUGUCCAGCAUUAUGAAAUUGAAAAAGUCUUUAGAUGUUCGAAUUUUACAAAUAUCAAACAGAAGUUUUAAUACUUUUGACUAUAUAGCACUAUGAUGGAAACCACAUUUUACUCUUUAUAGAUUAAGUCAUAUUUCCACUGUUUGAGAAAAAUUGUAGAUAAAGAUGAAUGUCCAGUAGUUAGGGUAUCGGACAUUGAGUUCCUUGUUUUCUUGGAAACGUUACAUUUYAAUCAUAGUUUAAGGGGGGUACACGAYAAGCAAUAUUUUUCAAAUAAUUAUUUAUCACUCUUUCUGACUGUAUGGAUUGUUURAAAUUGCUCUCUAKURUGACUCAUCUUUUUUAUAAAUGAUGUCUUCAAUAAAGUGRUUGAAUUGCAUYGAAAAAUUAACAAAGCUGGUAUACUAGAGACUUUGCGUGUAAAACCAUGCAAUGAAUAACUUUCUCUUUCAACCUUUUUACACAUUAGCUUUAGGUUGACAUUAAAGUACAUACUUCUUC